CGUCCCCCCGCGUUCCGGUACCCUUGCCUACCAACGGCGCGUUCCUAUCCUCCCGACGGCGCGCGUAUCCACCUUGCCUCGACGGAUGGUUUCCACCUUACCUUGACGGAUGGUUUCCACCUCACCUUGACGGAUGAUUCCAUGUCACCUCAACGGGUGGUUUCCACCUCACCUCAACGGACGGUUUCCAUCCCACCUCGAGGCGCGCCCAACAACGCUUCCGGGCGCCGGCUACCCUCAGUUACCGCCUUCUGUUGCUGCUCAGGACGUCGUCUGAUCUCCUUCUCGACAUCCAGCAGUUGCAUGCGCGCAUCCGACGAUUGCGUCUACACGCCGAUUGCAUCUACACGCCGGACAUCUCCCGCACGGCAAGUCACCCUACCGCGUCCUGUACGCCUUCUACUCGACUCUAUUCACGCUACUCAAGUCUUUACAUGACCACAUCGUCUUUCUCUUGGCUGCGGGCUGCGGCGCGUCGCCAAUCGUCCGUCCUCAAUCACCCGCUCCGUCCUGCAAUCACUCGUCCACUUUUCCCGGUGCUCUCUUGGCUGAAUCCAUGCUUCCUCCCAUCUGAAUGGACGCUUCUUCGAUCAGCGAUCUUCUUUCAUGAGACCCGCGGUGGCGCGCGCUUCUGCAAACAACACCAUCAGCAUCGCUUGCAGGUCGUCGAACUCCAAUUCAUCGCUGAACCCACAUCAGCAACAGCAUUCAACAAACCCCGCGCCACCCCGCGGUCCUCAGCGCAUCCCCCGCAAACCCUCUGGGGCCCCAAACGACGCCAAGCCAUCCUGGACGUUCCACUCGCUGCCUCAAACAUGUUUUUCGACGCCUCCGCGGUGUGCUCGCUUCGCUUCUGGCUUGUUUGUGGCCAUGUCAUGCUUUGCUCUUGGCGCCGCUUGUGGCCUUGUCUUCUCCUUCGCUCCAAGCCACCCAUCUCUUCGGACCCCAAUGCCCGCCCCCUUAUGAUCGUCUUCCUUCGCUUAUGGCCGUGUCCUCAACCAAAAAGGUGUCGAACUUCCACCUCAUCUGUGGCGCGUCCGUCCAUGGCCGAAAUCCCUCACGAUCACUGCGCCAACACGAAGGUCUCCAUUUGUGGACACCGACUUGCUUUUUUGUUGGCGCCAACCACCCUGGACUUGGUGUUCUCUGACGCUCCCGACGUUCCGCAGCGCUGCGCGCGCCUCACCGCCGUCACCAUCGCUGUAGGGCGUUGAUUUUCGUCUAUUUUCCGUCCAAAGAGUCUAUUUUUCGCAGCCGAUUUACUCUCGCAGCUUGCUCUGUCCCGCC